AUGGUGCAGCUGUAUAACUUUUUGAGGAUCUGGGGACCCAUGCCAAAUCUUUUCACUCUCCUGAGGGGGAGAAGGUGUUGUCGUGCCCUCUUCACGACUUUCUUGGUGUGUUUGGACCAUGAUAGUUUGUUGGUGAUGUGGACACCAAGAAACUUGAAACUCUCGACCCGCUCUACUUCAGCCCUUUCGAUGUGAAUGGGGGCGUGUUCGGCCCUCCUUUUCCUGUAGUCCACGAUCAUCUCCUUUGUCUUGCUCAUGUUGAAUGAGAGGUUGUUUUCCUGGCACCACACUGCCAGGUCUCUGACCGCCUCCCUAUAGGCUGUUUCAUCGUUGUCGGUGAUCAGGCCUACCACCGUUGUGUCGUCAGCAAACUUAAUGAUGGUGUUGGAGUCGUGCUUGGCCACACAGUCGUGGGUGAACAGGGAGUACAGAAGGGGACUAAGCACGCACUCCUGAGGGGCCCCCGUGUUGAGGAUCAGUCUGUCUAGUCAUGGCAUGUUGAACAGACAUGAGGUUUCCAAGAAUGUCCUGUAACCCAACACCCCCUCUUUCCUCUCCCUAAGGUCACAGUCAGUAAUAUCCCACUUCCCUCCCCUCUUUCCACUCUCCUCUGCUCUCACAGCCCACUGUCAGACCUGGCAGUCCAUUAGACCAAUCAGAAGGAAUCACUUAUAGGGAAGCAUAUCCUCUAUUGUAGCCUGGUCCCUGAUCUAUUUGUGCUCUUGCCAACUCCAUUGCUGUCAUUUUGUUUGGCAUGGCAAUUCCAUCAUGAGUUGGCAAGAGAGCAGAAACAGACUAGCACCCAGGCUACCUCUAUUGAUAUUUUGGUGGACAUAUCAAACAAUCAAAAAUGUAGUUUUUCAGAGACAGAUCACAGGAAAAAAUAGAAGGAAAUAAAGACAAAGCUUGUAAAAUAUGAAAAGUCCCAUGGUCGUCAGAGCUACGCCCCGGUACUAAACUGGAUUUGCGCUUGACUUCCUCUGCAAAACUCCAGGGCUGCCCUGUUGAUACUGGCUAACAGCUCAUCUCAGGCCUAAAUUAGGCACACUCACACUCACACUCACACUCACACUCACACUCACACUCACACCGACACUUACACUUACACUCACACUCACACAAACAUGCCUAGGGGUCAAUAAUGUAUUUUCUAUUAUCAACUCAAAAUGUGGUUUGGCAGCCCUCAGCAGCACUCCCAAAUGUGUCUACUGAGGACGGGGAAGGGAGAAGCAUUACUAUAAUCUCUGUUCUGGAGUGAAAAAUUACAUUUAGUCCCUUUGGCUUGUUUCCAUCAGGAAACUUGCAUGUCAUUUCCCCCUUAUAUACCUUUAUUAAAAAUCAAAUCAAAGUUUAUUGGUCCCAUACACAGAUUUGCAGAUGUUAAUGCAGGUGCAAUGAAAUGCUUGUGUUUCUAGCUCCAACAGUACAGUAAUACCUAGCAAUAUAAAACAAUACACACAUAAUCCAAAAAUAAAUAAUAAAGAAAUUAAGAAAUGUCAGAACAAAUCCAAUUAACAACCCAAAUAGCACUGUAACAGUAAUCCAAACGCAAUCUAUAUGUAUCUACACUGGAUUAAUGUACACAAGAUAUAUUAGGAAUGAUAGGUACAGCAGUAGAUUUAACCUCCCGAGUGGCGCAGUGGUCUAAGUGGUCGCAGUGCUAACUGUGCCACUAGAGAUCCUGGUUCGAAUCCAGGCUCUGUCGUAGCCGGCCGCGACCGGGAGACAUGGGGUGGCGCACAAUUGGCCCAGCGUCGUCCAAGGUAGGGGAGGGUUUGGCCGGCAGGGAUGGCGUUUGCAAUGCCAGGGUUGUGGGUUCGAUUCCCAUGGGGGGCCAGUAUGAAAAAAAUAAUGUAUGCACUCACUAACUGUAAGUCGCUCUGGAUAAGAGCGUCUGCUAAAUGACUAAAAUGUAAAAUGUAGAUUUCCAGUAUUAGAGUGAGCUAUGUCAAGAAUCCAGCAUAUAAAUAAAUAAGCGGUGUGUAUAAACAGUGUAACUAAAAUGCAAUGUACAAUAGUAGAAAUCUUAGAAUGAGCUAUGUUGACAAUACAGUAUAUAAAAAAACACUAUACAAAACCCCAUAGCAAAAUUGAUAGAAUUGCAGGAAAUUAUAAAUAAUAUAUAUGUAUGUGAAUGGUGUGUAUAGACAGUAUGGACAGUAUGUGAAUAGAAAAGGUGUGUAUAGCAGUAGUUACAGUGCAUUCGGAAAGUAUUCAGACCCCUUGACUUUUCGACAUUCUGUUACGUUACAGCCUUAUUCUAAAAUUGAUAAAAUAUAAACAUUUUCUCAUCAAUUUUCUCACACAAUACCCCAUAUGUCACGCUCUGGCUCCGGGACUUUGUAUUUUGAGCCAGGGUGUGUUCGUUUGGUUGUGUUUUGUGUGGUUGGGUUGUCAUUGGUUGUGUUUUCCUUGUUUGGUCAAGUGACUCCCAAUCGGAGGUAACGAGUGUCAGCUGUCGGCUCGUUAUCUCUGAUUGGGAGCCAUAUUUAAACUGUCAGUGUUCACCUUAGUGUUGUGGGUUUUUGUUCCUUGUCAGUCAUUGUAACUGAGGACUUCACGAUUCGUCAUUGUUUGUUGUUUUUGUAGUGAGUACUUUAAUUUAAUAAAGUCAUGUUCGCUCAACGCGCUGCGCUUUGGUCUCCCUCAUUAGACGAUCGUGACAGAAAAACCCACCGUAAAAGGACCAAGCAGCGUGUCCAGGAGCAGGCAGCCUGGUCAUGGGAGGAAGCGCCAGGAAAAGAGAUGGAGAGGCUGGCGAUGGCCCAGGUGGGCAAAUCGUGGUCCUGGGAGGACAUGCUCGGGGGCAAGGGACCUUGGGGGAGGAUUAAGGCCCUGGCGAGAGAGGAGCAGCGGCGUCAGCAGUGCCAUCGUCGGAAGGACGAGAGGCACCCCCAAUAAAUUUUUAGGGGGGGGCACACGGCAUGGGCGACUGGGCAGCAGGAGGCUGCCACAGGGCAUUUUGGAGAGGAGGCCACCGGGUUUUGGGGGCCAGAAGGCAGGUUGGCGAGGCCGGGAUGGAGAGCGGAACCAACUUCCCGUGCUCAGGCAUGGCAGCAUGGGACGGGGCAGGUUCCGCGGUAUGCGGAGCAGCGUACGGUGCCACGAGUGGUCCGGCACAGUCCUGUACGUCCUGUGCGAGCACCCCGCACGUGUCGUGCGAAGGGGGGUAUGCAGCCAGGACGGAGUGUGCCGGCUCAACGCUCGUGGUCUCCUAUGCCUCUCCGCGGUCCCGGAUAUCCUGCUCCAGUAUCACGUGCUGUCAUGUCGGUACGGGUACACAGCCCUGUACGUCCUGUGCGGAUGCCUCACACAGAGUGUGUGAAGGUAGGCAUUCAGCCGGGACGGGUUGUGGCCGCUCUUCAUUCCAGGUCUCCUAUCCGUCUCCACAGUCCGGUGAGGCCUGUCCCUGCUCCACGCACUAAGUUAAUGGUGCGCGUCGCCAGCCCAGCCCGGCCUAUCCCUGCUCCACGCACCAAGCCUACGGGGUGCGUUGCCAGCCCAGCCCGGCCUAUCCCUGCUCCACGCACCAAGCCUACGGGGUGCGUUGCCAGCCCAGCCCGGCCUGUCCCUGCUCUACGCACAAAGCCUACGGUGUGCGUCGCCAGCCCAGCCCGGCCUGUUCCUGCUCUACGCACAAGGCCUACGGUGUGCGUUGCCAGCCCAGCCCGGCCUGUCCCUGCUCUACGCACAAAGCCUACGGUGUGCGUCGCCAGCCCAGCCCGGCCUGUUCCUGCUACUCGCACCAAGCCAAGGGUGCGAGUCGUCAGCCUGGUCCAGCCCGUUCCUGCUACUCGCACCAAGCCAAGGGUGCGAGUCGUCAGCCUGGUUCAGCUCGUCCCUGCUACUCGCACCAAGCCAAGGGUGCGAGCCGUCAGCCUGAUCCAGCCCAUUCCUGCUACUCGCACCAAGCCAGGGAUGCGAGUCGUCAGCCUGGUGAGGCCCGUUCCGGCUCCACGCAUCAAGCCUAGGGUGCGUAUCGUCAGCCAGGUCCGGUCCGUUCCUGCCUCACGCGCCAAACCAGGGGUGCGCGUCGUCAGUCCAGAUCCUACCAGCUGGGUCAGAUCGGACCGGGGGCGCUACGGGGGGAUUGAAGAAGGGUGGUGGUCAAGCCCGGAGCCGGAGCCGCCUCCGAGGAGUAAUGCCCACCCAGCCCUCCCCUGUUUGGGGGUUUUUGAGGCGCGGUCGCAGUCCGCGCCUUUAGGGGGGGGUACUGUCACGCUCUGGCUCCGGGACUUUGUAUUUUGAGCCAGGGUGUGUUCGUUUGGUUGUGUUUUGUGUGGUUGGGUUGUCAUUGGUUGUGUUUUCCUUGUUUGGUCAAGUGACUCCCAAUCGGAGGUAACGAGUGUCAGCUGUCGGCUCGUUAUCUCUGAUUGGGAGCCAUAUUUAAACUGUCAGUGUUCACCUUAGUGUUGUGGGUUUUUGUUCCUUGUCAGUCAUUGUAACUGAGGACUUCACGAUUCGUCAUUGUUUGUUGUUUUUGUAGUGAGUACUUUAAUUUAAUAAAGUCAUGUUCGCUCAACGCGCUGCGCUUUGGUCUCCCUCAUUAGACGAUCGUGACACCAUAAUGACGAUGCAAACACAGGUUUUUAGAAAUUUUGCAAAUGUUUAAAAAAUAAACAACAUAAAUACCUUAUUUACAUAAGUAUUCAGACCCUUUGCUAUGAGACUCGAAAUUGAGCUCAGGUGAAUCCUGUUUCCAUUGAUCAUCCUUUGGAGUCCACCUGUGGUAAAUUCAAUUGAUUGGACAUGAUUUAGAAAGGCACACACCUGUUUAUAUAAGGUCCCACAGUUGACAGUGCAUGUUAGAGCAAAAAUCAAGCCAUGAGGUCGAAGGAAUUGUCCGUUGAUCUGGGGAAGGGUACCAAAAAAUGUCUGAGGUUGAAGAGGGGCUGUUGCACCUUCUUCACCACACUGUCUGUGUGAAGGGACCAUUUCAGGUUGUCAGUGAUGUGCACACCAAGGAACUUGAAGCUUUUGACCCUCUCCACUGUGGCCCUAUCGGUGUGGAUGGGGGCGUGCUCUCUCUGCUGUCUCCUGUAGUCCACGAUCAGCUCCUUCGUUUUGUUGAUUUUAUUUUUAUUUUUAUUUCACCUUUAUUUAACCAGGUAAACCAGUUGAGAACAAGUUCUCAUUUACAACUGCGACCUGGCCAAGAUAAAGCAAAGCAGUGCGAUAAAAACAACAACACAGAGUUACAUAUGGGGUAAAACAAAACAAAGUAAAAAAUACAACAGAAAUACAUAUAAUAUACAGUGUGUGCAAAUUUAGCAAGUUAUGGAGGUAAGGCAAUAAAAUAGGCUAUAGUGCAAAAUAAUUACAAUUGGUAUUAACACUGGAAUGCUAGAUGUGCAAGAGAUGAUGUGCAAAUAGAGAUACUGGGGUACAAAUGAGCAAAAUAAAUAACAAUAUAGGGAUGAGGUAGUUGGGCGGGCUAAUUUCAGAUGGGCUGUGUACAGGUGCAGUGACAACUGAUGCUUAAAGUUAGUGAGGGAGAUAAGUGUCUCCAGCUUCAGAGAUUUUUGCAAUUUGUUCCAGUCAUUGGCAGCAGAGAACUGGAAGGAAUUGCAGCCAAAGGAGGUGUUGGCUUUGGGGAUGACCAGUGAGAUAUACCCGCUGGAGCGCAUACUACGGGUGGGUGUUGCUAUGGUGACCAAUGAGCUAAGAUAAGGCGGGGAUUUGCCUAGCAGUGAUUUAUAGAUGGCCUGGAGCCAGUGGGUUUGGCGACGAAUAUGUAGUGAGGACCAGCCAACAAGAGCGUACAGGUCACAGUGGUGGGUAUUAUAUGGGGCUUUGGAGACAAAACGGAUGGCACUGUGAUAGACUACAUCCAAUUUGCUGAGUAGAGUGUUGGAGGCUAUUUUGUAAAUGACAUCGCCGAAGUCAAGGAUCGGUAGGAUAGUCAGUUUUACGAGGGCAUGUUUGGCAGCCCUCGUAACUUUGGAUUGGAGAUUCUUAAUGUGAGUCUGGAAGGAGAGUUUACAGUCUAACCAGACACCUAGAUAUUUGUAGUUGUCCACAUACUCUAGGUCAGACCCGUCGAGAGUAGUGAUUCUAGUCGGGUGGGCGGGUGCCAGCAGCGUUCGAUUGAAAAGCAUGCAUUUAGUUUUACUAGUGUUUAAGAGCAGUUGGAGGCUACUGAAGGAGUGUUGUAUGGAAUUGAAGCUCGUUUGGAGGUUUGUUAACACAGUGUCCAAUGAAGGGCCAGAUGUAUACAAAAUGGGCCCUGAGCUUUUUAGUGAUGAGCUUGGAGGGCACUAUGAUGUUGAAGGCUGAGCUGUAGUCGAUGAAAAGCAUUCUUACAUCCAGGUGGGAUAGGAAGGUGUUCAGUGCAAUGGCAAUUGCAUUGUCUGUGGAUCUGUUAAUAGAUAGUGAAUAAAUCACUAUAUUACCUAGAAUCUAGACCAAUGAAAUACAAGUGAAAUACAACUGCAGGCUGGCAGGAUUGUCAAAUCAGGCAUCAUGUUUUUCCCUCACAUGGGUUUACUGUUUAGACAGAGAGGGUAGACCACUGGCUAUGGCCUCCUUUAUGUUCACUGCUUCAUGCAAAACAGCGGGAGAGCUGGGCCACUGGAUCCUGCAAGACACAAUGCAAAUGUGAGGAGAGAGGAGGAACGAGAAAGACAUCACUGGUACACAGCAGAGACGGACAGACACACAGUGGCCAGUUUAUUACAUUUACAUUUACAUUUACAUUUACGUCAUUUAGCAGACGCUCUUAUCCAGAGCGACUUACAAAUAGGUGCAUUCACCUUAUAGCCAGUGGGAUAACCACUUUACAAUUUUUUAUUUUUUUUUGGACAUACUUUACUGGGAACUUGGGAAGGUUGAACACCAGACGGGCUGCGGCAUUCUGGAUGAGUUGUAGGGGUUUAAUGUCACAGGCAGGGAGCCCAGCCAACAGCGAGUUGCAGUAAUCCAGACGGGAGAUGACAAGUGCCUGGAUUAGGACCUGUGCCGCUUCCUGUGUAAGGCAGGGUCGUACUCUCCGAACCUACGACCCUGUAAGGCAGGGUCGUACUCUCUCUCUCUUAUUAGUUACACCCAUCUAGUACCGGGUCGAACCCACCUUUGCCUCUAGAAUAGCCUUAAUUUUCCCAGCAUGGAUUCUACAAGGUGUUGCGUUCAAACGUUGCUCAAUUGGUAUCAAGGGACCUAACGUGUACCAGGAAAACAUUCCCCACGCCAUUACACCACCGCCACCAGCCUGUACCGUUGACACCAGGCAAGAUGGAGUCAUGGACUGAUGCUGCUUAUGCCAAAUCCUGACUCUGCCAACAGGUACCGUGAUUCGUCGGACUAGGCAAUGUUUUUCCACUCCUCAAUUGUCCAGUGUUGGUGAUCGCGUGCUCACUGGAGCCGCUUCUUCUUGUUUUUAGCUGAUAGGAGUGGAACCCUGCUGCAAUAGCCCAUCCAUGACAAGGAACGAUGAGUUGUGCGUUCCGAGAUGUCGUUUUGCACACCACUGUUGUACUGUGCCGUUAUUUGCCUGUUUGUGGCCCGCCUGUUAGCCUGCACAAUUCUUGCCAUUCUCCUUCAACCUCUCUCAUCAACAAGCUGUUUUCGCCCACAGGACGGCCGCUGACUGGAUGUUUUUUGUUUGUCGCACCAUUCUCUGUAAACCGUAGACACUGUCGAGCGUGAAAAGGCCAGGAUGCCAGCCAUUUCUGAGAUACUGGAACCGGCGCGCCUGGCACCGACGAUCAUACCACGCUCAACGUCGCUUAGGUCACUCGUUUUGCCCAUUUUAACGUUCAAUCGAACAGUAACUGCCUGGAUGCUUGUCUGCCUGCUUUAUAUAGCAAGCCACGGCCACGUGACUCACUGUCUGUAGGAGCGAACCAUUUUCAUGAACGGGAUGGUGUACCUAAUAAACUGGCUACUGAGUGUAGAAUUAGCUAUUGCCUACAGAUUACAGUAAUAAUUAUCCACUGAAUGGUAGCAGGACACAAAUUUAGCAGGACACAAAUUACCACCACCAUCACUAAUUCUCUCUCUCUCCCCCUCCUCUCUCCCUCUCUGUUGGUCCCUCUCUCAGGUGACGUCCCAGCGGAUGCAGGGUGUGUUGCUGCUGGUGUUUGCUAAGUACUACCACCUCCCCUUCCUUCGAGGGGUGCAGACAGAGACCACCCGCACUGGCCUGGGGGGCUACUGGGUGAGACAACUGCCUGUCGAGACUAUAUCCUACUGACCAACUGACGGAGAACCACAACCAACUGACAGAACUGACCCAUCCUACUGACCAACUGACAGAGAAGCACACCUAAAUGACAGAACUGACCCAACUGAUAGAGAACCACAGUCAAACAGCCACACUAAUGAAGACCCAUUACUCUAGGAUAGAGACAGUAAAAUGGCAUGCCAGCAUUAUUGAACUGAAGUUCACAUUCAGAACUGACCCAACCUUAAAACCUCCACACAUAGUCUAAGGACAGCCAGACAGUGCUAAUGAUGAAAAACUACCUGCCUCCAGGUUUGCUUCUGUUGGCCUCUCUGUUUCCCUUACUGCUCAUUAAUUAGCAGGAAGGGUUUAGCAGGAAGGGUUUUGGGGGGCAGGCUGUACCCAAAGCUUGUGUUGAUAUCUGUGCUGCCUCCAUACCUCUGAUGUCCAGAAGGUGGUGCUUUAGUAUUUCCAAAGAUAAUGUUUUUAUGGUUCACAGCCUUAAACACUCCCCAGAUAAUUUAUUUAGAUAUGUAAACAUGAAAAAACAUGUUUUAUUGUAUCUACUCUUUAAGAAGUUAAAAUAAUCAGUUGUAUAAUAAUCAGAAGUACCCUUUAAGGCUAAUGAAAGCCCAAGCAGUUGAUCAAAGUGUGCAGGCAGGGGGAUCUGUCUGCCUGUCUUACAUUUACAUUUUAGUCAUUUAGCAGACGCUCUUAUCAAGAGCGACUUACAGUUAGUGAAUGGAUACAUGUUUUUUUGUUUGUUUUGUUUUUUGUGUUUAUUUCAUACUGGCCCCCGUGGGAAACGAACCCACAUCCCUGCCGGCCAAACCCUCCCCUACCUUGGACGACGCCAAACCCUCCCCCAUGCCUUAGACCACUGCGCCACUCGGGAGACCUACUCGGGAGUCUUACUGAGGGAUACAUAGAGUUCCAUGUAGUAAUGCACUGUGAAGUAUUUCUAUUGUCCUCCCUGUAUGAACUCAGAUAAGCAUCAGCACAUUCUGCAGUUCUCCCUCUGCUGUGUCAUCUCUUGUAUUUUAGUAGGUCAGAGCUGUAGAGGGAGAGCAGCAGGAAGAACCACACGGCUCCAUCCUGCCUUCAUUCACACAGAGCACUGCACAUUAAAUAUUGAUAAUGUCAUUCACUAGUCAUAAAUGUAUCCGCAAACUUCCUGCCUUCAGAUAUGUUUACGCACCGGGGGUGGUAUCUCAUAGGCUAGGCUACUAUUCAUACUAUUUAUUCUCUCGGUUUGCAAAUGGAAUGUUUUAUCCCAUCAUAAUAAUCCUGCCAUUCUUCUGCUCCAGUCCCCAAUCUUCAACCUUAUUCUUUUUCUCUCUUUUUCUCUCACUCUACCCCUUCCUUUAUUCUCUCUCUCCCUCUCCUUGUUCUUGUUCUAGGGUAAUAAAGGGGGUGUGAGUGCGCGCAUGUCUGUGUUUGGUCACACCAUCUGUUUCCUGAACUGCCACCUGCCGGCCCACAUGGAGAACUCGGAGCAGCGCAUGGAGGACUUUGAGAGCAUCCUGCAGCAGCAGCAGUUUGAAGGCCAGGCUGCCACAGGGGUGCUCGACCACGAGUUAGUCACUAUACAUAUGAAUGCACACACCCACCCACUUAAGUUUCCAUCCAGGCACUUGCACAAAUAAACAAACACAUAAGAAAGCAUACUCAAAGCAGUCCACCCUCCCUUUUAUCCAGCAGAUAUAGAGGGUAUAGUUACGGUUACACUAAAGAGGUACCUCAUUUUUCCAUCGAUAUACCUAAACAAUAGAUUUUGUGUGAUUUAGAGGACAUACCUUAAAAGGCAUCUUUGCCGUUCCGCUCUGUCCUCAGUCCACUCCAUACUAUUCUCCUCCUCUACAGUGUGGUGUUCUGGUUUGGAGAUCUGAAUUUCCGCAUUGAUGAACUGGAGAUUCCAGCAGUGAAAACAGCCAUUGAUAACAACAAACUCACCAUGCUGUGGGAGAAAGACCAGGUGAGAUGCCUGUUCAAGAUAGCCCCAUGUAGCUCAGUUGGUAGAGCAUGGCGCUUGCAACGCCAGGGUUGUGGGUUCGUUUCCCACGGGGGGCCAGUAUGAAAAAAUGCAUGCACUCACUAACUGUAAAUUGCUCUGAAUAAGAGCGUCUGCUAAAUGACAAAAAUGUAAAUGUAAGAUAAAGGCCCAUUAUAUGGUUUUUAAUUGAGCAUGUAAUGCAUUGAGGAUGCCACUAGAGGGCAUACAGAGACCAAAAUAACAGACACUUUAACAUUCUUCACUGUUAUCGCCCAUUCUACAGCUGAACAUGGCCAAAGACAGCGAGAUGGUGCUGGAGGGCUUUCUGGAGGGACCUCUCAAGUUCCCCCCCACUUACAAGUUUGACGUGGGGACAAAUACAUACGAUACAAGGUUUGUGGUGACAUGGGGGGUCCACCUUGCACCUCUUUAAUGAGAUGAGUGUUCUGAUCAUCACAGUUCUUACCCCCCCCCUGCUCUCUCUCUCUCAAUCUAUCUCUCUAUCUUGCUAUCUUUCUCAGUGGGAAGAAGCGUAAGCCUGCGUGGACAGACAGGAUCCUGUGGCGUCUGAGGGCCACAGCUCCCCUUGGGCCGGCCUCUAAUGCUGGGAAGAGAGGCUCUAUGUCAGGGCUGAGCAGCGGGACCAAGGUCACCCAGCACUUCUACCGCAGUCACAUGGAGUACAUGGUCAGCGACCACAAGCCUGUCUCUUCCAUCUUCACCCUGCAGGUGAGACACAGCCCCUCUCCCUCUCUUUCCACCCCCAUGUCCUACUUGUCACCUGAGUUGUGACAUGCACAUAACUGUGCCCAAAACGCCCUCUGCAACCUGUAAUAAACUGGGAUAACCAUGGUUGUAACAGAUACAGAUACAGACUGUACUUUGAUGUUGUAUUAUCUCAGAGAGAUGUUGAUGUUGUGUUCUAUUGAUUAUCUAUCAUGAUGAUAUUGACCUCCAGAAUGCUGUGUGUAGUUCCCCUAUAAGGUGGACAUGCCCCUGGUGACGAUCAUGGUGGAGGAUGAGUGGAACAGCAUUGCAGACGCCACCUGCACAUUCAAAGCUGCACCUCAUUUCGCACGCAGCUCCUGGGACUGGAUUGGGCUGUACAAGGUACUCACUCUUCCUCUUAACCUUCUAGUGCUGAUUUUAAUGUUUAAUGAAGUUUGAAGUAACCCAGAUAAUGUGUAUUGAUAAAGUAAUAAUUAGCUAAGACAUUCAGUCUUUUAAAAUCAGGAAUUGGUGGUGCCUUUGCCUCCCCAGGUGGGAUUCAAACACCAUAAGGACUAUGUAGGCUAUGUGUGGGCCAAGCAGGAGGAGGCAGAUUACCAUAGAGUAGAACACGAGGUAAGGGCCACUUUUAAUAACACACAUAAAUGAAUUGGAGAACCUUGUCAUGGUAUCUUUGUGUGUUUUGACUUUUCUUCCUGUCUUUACCUCUGCAGGUGACCUUUACUGAGGAAGAGUUGCCCAAGGGCUCAGGAGACUUCAUUUUGUGUUACUAUAGCAACAACACGAGCACCCUCGUGGGUGUGACAGAGCCUUUUCAGGUACUUACAAUGAUGGUGUCUGGUUUCUAUGGUAAAUAUAUCAAAUGUUGAGGUAUAAUGGGAGCAUUGAAGAAUAAUGGGAUUAUAAUUUAACUUUGGUUCUUCUACACCCUUCCCCCCUCCUUCGCCUGUUCUUCAUUUUGAUCUACACCCUUUUCCUGUGCUACUUCCUUAUGCUCUUUCUCUAUGUCUUCCUCCUCUCCUCCUCCACCUCCUUUCCCUCUUCUCUCUUCUGCAGAUCCAGCUGCCCACCUCCAGCCCCGCCGGUAGCCCCUCUGACGACAGUUCUGACUUCACCUCUGAGGAUGACAGCACAGUGGUCGGUAUGAAGAACAAGUCCUGCAGUCCCAGCCCCCGGAAAAAGAAGCACAGAACCCGACAUAGCCAUAGCCGCAGUCCUAGCCACAGCCGUAGCCGCAGUGGCAGCCCUGCUCUGCCCGAAAUGAAGGGCCUCAAGCUGCAGCCUGGCUCGGCCCACAACACCGCUGAUGGCUCUGUCUCUGGCAACGCCCCAGAGGGUACGGAUGGGGAGAAGGAGAAGGCCUCAGCUGAGGCUGGGAAUACAGGGUUGUGA